AUGUAUCCAUGGUUUUCUUGUGUUAUGAUUUAUCUUUCCUACAGCCAACACAUUUUUUCUCUUGGCCGACCUGCUGCUUGCAUACAUGACAGAUAUGCAUCCAUGGUGAAGUUACUAUAUAAGUAUAGGGUCAAGCACUGCCCCGACAUACAUCCUAUUUUGAGUUUUUCCUCAAAGUCCCAUGGCCAUGUUGCUGGUAGAGUUGGAAGCACCACCCUUGAUUUUGAAAUUGGAGAAGGAAGAUGGAUAACAGAGUUCAGUACAGUAAGGAUGCUCUAUAAUAUAGGAAUCCAGGUGAAUAUUCUUGCUUCUAAGGUCUCCUGUGUUGGAUGUGUUCUCAGUUUGCCUCUUUAUUUCUCCUUUUGCCUCUGCACUACCCAAAACUUUAUUUAUUUAUCUCCUUGA